CACCUCCCAAAUCUCGCGUUGGAGACACAAAUCUCCACUGCACAUUUUGAACUGCGUAGCGACAGGGGUAUCUUGCGUUGUGUGGGGCACAAAAAAAAAAAAAAAAAAAAAAAAAAAAGAGAAGGAAAACCCUCAACAUGGCAGAUGUUGCAACCUUAGACGAGGAACCAAAGCAAGAGGAAUCUACUACAUCAAUCAAGUCCGACACCGAGGAGACCUCCGAAGAAACACCCAAUGGCGUGAAAACGGAUGCUGAAGAAACUAAGCCCCCCAAAGAAAAGCAUGAUGCUAAAGAGAAGUCCUCCGGGAGCAGAAGAGGGAACCGAUUCCAUCCGUACAAAGACAAACAUGGUGGAGAAAAGAAGGGUGCACAUAGGAACCGGGUGUUCAUCAGCAAUAUCCCCUAUGAUAUGAAGUGGCAGGCAAUUAAAGAUCUAAUGCGUGAGAAAGUUGGUGAGGUUACAUACGUGGAGCUCUUUAAGGAUGCAGAAGGAAAGUCAAGGGGUUGUGGUGUGGUGGAGUUCAAAGAUGAGGAGUUUGUGAAGAAGGCGAUAGAAACUAUGAAUAAGCAUGACCUGAGUGGAAGGCCACUUAACAUCAAGGAGGACCCUGAUGGUGAGCAUGCUCGGCGCGUGCUACAGCGCAUGGGAGGAGGUCAACAGGGAGGUCGUGGGCAGGACAUGGGGCCUGGUGGUAUGAACAUCCCACCCUCCAUUGCUAACAACCCCAACAUCCCACCUGACGUCAUCCAUGCACUGCAGGCCGGACGACUGGGCCACACAGUGUUUGUGGCCAAUCUGGAUUUCAAGGUGGGCUGGAAGAAGUUAAAGGAGGUGUUUGGCAUGGCAGGUGUGGUGAAACGGGCAGAUGUUAAGGAAGAUAAAGACGGAAAGAGCCGUGGGAUGGGAACAGUGACUUUUGAGCAGCCACUGGAGGCUGUGCAGGCCAUAUCCAUGUUCAAUGGACAGAUGCUCUUUGACAGACAGAUGCAUGUUAAAAUGGAUGAGAAAUCUCUUCCCCCUGAUGAUUUCCGUCAAGUAGAAAAAACUCCUCAGUUACCACGGGGUCUAGGUGGUAUUGGCAUGGGACUGGGGCCGGGAGGGCAGCCUAUAAAUGCCAACCGUCUGAGUGGUGGGGGAGGCAUGGGCUCCAUGGGGCCUGGAGGUAUGGAUAUUCCAGGUUGUGGUGGAAUGAACAGACUUGGAGGAGGAAUGAGUGGUGGCGGAGGCUUCGGGGGCAUGGAUAACAUGGGCAACAUGGGUGGCUUUGGAGGGAGAGACAUGGCGCCAGUUGGCAGGAUGGGAGAUAUGUACCGGUCAGGAAUGGGUGGGAUGGAUCGGGACUUUGGCCACAGUGACAUGCCAAUGAAUCGAGGAUUUGGGGAUUCUUUUGGAGGAAUGGGUGGAGGUUUUGGAGGAGGCAUGGGCAGUGGUGGCAUGGGGCACAUGGGGACUGCAUUAGGUAGUGGAAUUGGCAACAUGUCGAUGGACCGUAUGGGCUCUGGCUUUGACCGUAUGGGCAUGUCAGGAAUGGACAUGAACCGUGGCUUUGGUGGCUAUGGAGGUGGCGGACCAGGCCACAUGGGUGGAGGCAUGUCUGACAGAGGCUCUGGGUCCAAAGCAGGCUGUCAGAUCUUUGUACGAAAUCUGUCCUAUGAUCUGACAUGGCAAAAGCUGAAAGAGAAGUUCAGUCACUGUGGCCAGGUAAUGUUCGCAGAGAUCAAGAUGGAGAAUGGAAAGUCAAAGGGAUGUGGAACAGUGAGAUUUGACUCUCCAGAGAGUGCUGAGAAGGCCUGCAGGAUGAUGAAUGGAACCAAGAUCAACGGCCGAGAGGUGGAUGUCCGCAUCGAUCGCAACGCCUAGAGCUUUUGUAGAAGUCAUGCUAACACACUUCCACAUUCAGCCCUCUUGUCAGUGAUCUUUUGUUUUGUUUUAAAAACACAAUUACUUCAUAUCUCCCAUGUGUCCACUGUUUAAUUUUUUUGUUUAUAUAUACUACAUAGCUCUUAUCUUUUGUUUUGUAAACCCUUUUUAAUUUGUCAGGCAGUUUAUUUGAACAAAUAAACUUUUUAAUUUUUAAA